AUGUCGCAAGGUCAAGAUGAAGUGCCACAAGACGGCGCAAGAUACGCGGUGCGUGAGGUGUACGCGCAAAUCGUUGCAUCAGCCCAGCGUUCAAGCCAAGAUUUCUGGACGGAGAGCAGAGGCUUUCGGCUUUCUGAUAUACUCAACCGACAGAUCACAAGAGGAGAUUUCUCUUUGCAGAAUGUACUAAGUACUGAACACGGGCAUGCGUCCGAAGAAUGCACAGAGGACACCUCAGACAAUGAUCCGGUUGUCAAAGGAGUAGUCAACCUUCAUUUUGCUAUGGAGCUAUUCGCUGGAUUCAUGAAGCACCUCAACCCCUUCAUCAGUCAACUGGACCCUUCACUGCAUACCUUUCAGUACGUCCGGGAGAAGUCCUCGUUUCUAUUCACUGCCAUUCUGGCGGCAGCGGCAAAGCUGUUACAUCCUGCGCUGCGUAAAGAUUUGCUUUCUCACGCCGAAGAGCUUUUUCUAGAGAGCUUUCGCCGUGGUGCAAAAUCUGUUGAGACGGUCCAAGCCAUAUUAAUCCUGACAUAUUGGAAAGAGCCCCGCGAUAAUCGUGCAUGGUUAAAUGUAGGCUAUGCCAUCAGGAUGGCCAUUGAGCUUGGUUGGCAUCAUCUCGGAACCGAUGGCAUGAGACCUUCAGAGAACCUGUCUGAUUACCAGGCGAUGCAGUUCAGAAACAUAGAAAGGACCUGGCUAGUGCUAUUUGUCUAUGACAGGAGGUAG